AAAUGGGGUAUCUCUGGUGAUUGGUGACGAGAAAGAAAAGGUUAUGGGGUCCAAGAAAAAUAGUGGUAACAAGGCCUCAGAGGUGAUCAAUGUUGAGAAAGAAAAAGUUACAAGGUCCAAGGGAAAGAGUCAUCGACCAAAGAAUCAGAGCCAGCGCAACAGGCUAACCAGUCAUUCACAUCAGGUGGGGAGGAGUGCUAAUGGAAAGCAGUUGGAAACCAACAAGCACAAGAAAGAAGGAGAAGUGGGGCGUAGGGAAGAAAAACAGUUAGUGAGAGAACAGAUAAUCAGCAUGCUUAAGAAAGCAGGAUGUACUGUUGAAUAUAGACCCAGGCAAAGCAGAGAGUACCUCGAUGCAGUAUAUGUCGAUCCUGAAGGAAGAACUUACUGGUCAGUCACCUUGGCCUACAGGAAGCUUAAAGAGAAAGUUGAAGAUGGAGUUGCUGACAAUAAGACCAUUUCUGCCUUUAUUCCUAUACCGGAGGAGGUGUUUCAGCAAACUUUUUAGGGUGACACGAGUGAAAAUGGAGAAAGGUAUCAAAGUGAAGACUAAGAAAAGAAUCACUGGAAAGAAGUUGUUUAAGAAUAAAUCUUCUACAAACAGCAUGGGAGGCUUGAAGGUGAGAGGAAAUCUUAAUUCUGCCAUAGGGCCAGGUGAUAAAUCAUCAAAUAAAAAAAUGAAAGGAAACACAUUGCAUUGUGAACAAGGGAAAUAUACUGGGAAGCGCAGUCUUCUUUCCUGAAUGAUUGACUUGGGAACCAUUCUGCCUGGUGGGAAGGUGCAGUAUAUGGACAGUAUAAGGACAAGAGUACUGCUUGAGGGACAGAUUAACAGAGACGGCAUUCAAUGUGGUUGCUGUCAUGAAAUACUUGGAAUUUCAAAUUUUGAGUCACAUGCUGGAUGUCAACUGUAUCAGCCAUUUGAAAAUGUAUACUUACAGUCUGGUGUUUCUCUUAUGCAAUGCCUAGUUGUUUCAUGGAGUAAACAAGAAGAGAAUAAGAAUAUUGGAUUCCAUGUUGUGGAUACUGAUGGUGAUGACCCCAAUGAUGAUACAUGCAACAUCUGUGGAGAUGGUGGUGUCUUGAUCUGUUGCAAUGGAUGCCCGUCAACAUUCCAUCAAAGCUGCUUAGACAUCCAAAAGUUCUCUUGUGGUUAUUGGCGAUGUCUCUACUGUUCAUGCAAAUUCUGCGGGACAGUUGAUGGGAGCACUUCUCAGAAGGAUGAUAAUUAUGAUACAUGUGUGAAUGAACUGCUUUCAUGCCGUUUGUGUGAGGAAAAAUUCCACCAAUUGUGCAUCCAGGGUAAGGAUGCUAUAGAUGUUAAUUCCAAACAUCCAUCUUUUUGUGGGAGGAACUGCCAGCAGCUCUUUGAGCGACUACAGGCUCUUCUGGGCACCAAACAUGAACUGGAAGAAGGAUUUUCAUGGACUCUUCUUCAACAUUGUGAUGUUAUUGGUGAUAAUUCGCUUAUUGGUGCUCCCCUAAAGGUUGAAUGUAACUCCAAGUUAGCUGUUGCAUUGUCUAUUAAGGAUGAGUGCUUUCUGCCAGUUACUGACGAGAGAAGUGGGAUCAGUAUGAUUCAUAAUGUUGUCUACAGCUGUGGGUCAAACUUUAGGCGGCUGAAUUACAGUGGCUUCUACACGGCUGUUUUAGAGAGGGGGGAUGAAAUUAUCUCGGCAGCAUCUAUAAGAGGUUAUUUCUUGCAUCAUCUACAUCAAUGCAUAGCUUUUAGAGUAUUGGGGCAUAACUGUGUCCCACUACGUGACUUUUAAGAGCAUGAUGAGAAAAUAUUGUCUGUGGAUAUACAUUACUUCAGAAAUUGAGAAAUUCAAUUGGGUUUGUAGAUGUCAUCAUAGGAUCAUAUUCACCAUUGUGACCAUGGUAAUAAAGUUCAUGUACCUGCCUGUUUUACAAAUUUUACUUGUUGAGCUUUCU